AUGAAUCCGAGCGGAAUGUUGGCAACAAUGAACGGUGCAGCUGCAGCAGCUGCUGCUGCAGCCGCUGCCGCAGCUCAUAACGGAAGCGGAACGGGUCCGAAUGGUGCGGUGUCCGUGAACGGCAAUGGUACGGCAACGGCAGCAGCCGCAGCAAGUACGAAGACCAUCGGCGGGCGGCAGCACUGCUUCCUGUGUGACCUGCCUCGAUGGCCGUGGGCGAUGUGCAAUGACUAUCUGGAACCCGUUUGUCGUGGUUGCGUCAACUAUGAAGGAGCGGAUCGAAUAGAAAGUGUGAUCGAAAAUGCCCGACAGCAGAAGCGCGUUCACGGGUUUCCAGUGGGCGAAACAUCGGCGAAUAUUGCGAAUAGAGGCUUAUCGCAGAAGGAAUGCUUAAUGCAAGCUGGUGCAGGUCGCUUUUCACCAGCAGUAAACCGUGGAGUCAGUCAGGUAGCGCCGGUACCACCGCCAGCUCCAAUCGUCCAGCAUCAGCAGCAGCAGCAACAACAACAGCAGCAACAAGCCGUCGCUGCAGCUGCAGCAGCCGCUGCUGCCCAAGCUCAAAUGCCGCAGCUGCAGCUGAACCAGUUAACUGAGGCACUGGUGCAGCAGCAGCGGUUUAUGCUGGCUGGGAGGCAGCCGGGUCAAUUCACCGCCGAAGAACUGCAUGCACUGCAGCAGCUGCGACCCAUUCAUCUCCAAAAUACCCUCAUGCAACAUGGUCUUCCAAUGAGUGUAUUCCCGAAUCUGGUCUCGGUAUCAAACAGUGUGGCGAAUUUGCUGCCUCCGAACGCAUCGCUUGCCACCGCAGUAGCUGCUUCCCUGAAACCCGUACAUGACCUACUACCUCCGAACGCAUCACUUGCCAAUGCUGCAGCUGUUGCUGCCCGGAAACGCGAGCAUGACCAGGACGACAUCAAGACCGAUGCAUAUGGAAAAGUACAGCGAGGUAAGGUAUUACUCACUCAACCAAUACAGCUUUAG